AUGAAAAUAUUUAUAUUAAUUAUUACCUCUAUUCUUCAUUUAGCAUGGUCUGAUAAUCAUGUUUAUAGUUAUUUUAGAGGAACUAUUUUGGUUAACAAAGGAAACAAAGAAUGUUAUUAUCAGGAGAUAUUAGAUGUUAUGUAUAAAAGUUUAAAUAUACAUUAUAUAAAUUAUGGUAAAGAUAUAAAUAAUGUUGUUUAUACACUUUAUCUUAAUGAAACUAAUCAACUUGAUUCUGUUAAAAAUACAAAUAUAUUUAAUACUUCAUAUGAUAUAGAAAAAUAUGGUAUUGGUGAGUAUAAAAUAUGUUUUGAAGUUAAUGAUAGUUGGCGUAAUAAUGAACCUAUUUUUUUAAAAUUAUCUUUGGUUAAAAAAAAAGUACAUAAUGAAAAUUCAAAUAAUUUAAAAUAUCAAGAUAUAUUACCAAAUUUUGAUAGUUCAUUAGAUAAAAUUACUGAAAAAUUAGAUACAAUUGAAAUGGAACAAGAUGAUUAUGUUCAUCAUGAACGUCGAAGUCGUCAUAAUGCAGAAAAAAUCUUUGAAAUUGUUAAUUAUAAAGGAAUGAAUGGAACUUACAAUAUCUCCAUUACUAGUGAUGGUGAUUUAGAGGUUGGAAUAACAAUAUUGUCAAAUAUUCAAAUAGGUUCAAUUUAUCUAUUUCUUUCACUAUCUCUAUUUAUUCUUCAAAUCUUUACAUCUCUGACUUUUUAUAAAAUCAACAAGAGUAAAAAAAAUGUUACUUUUAAGAUUAUGGAAUGUCAUGGGAUUUUAGCUUUAGUUUCAUUAACAUGCCAUAUGGUAACAUCAAUUAUAACAAUUAUUAAAUUACAAAGAAAUAUUUAUUUUGAAACAAUAAUUGGUUCAUUCUUACAAACAUCAUACUUUGGUUGUGUUGAAAUUAUGUUUCUUCUUACUUUAAAUAGAUUUGAUGUUAUGUAUGGGAAUAUAAUUCUUUCAAGAAUUCCAAGAGAAAAAUUAUACCAAUGUAUUAUGAUAUUUUGUUUUUUAUUAAUGAUGCCAUUUUUGAUAAUUUAUAUUAUUCCAACUAGCAGAUUAGUUUAUGAUUUUAGAUCAUAUGAAUGGCUAUGCCUAAUUAAUCAUAGAAUUCUUGAUGUUACUUGUUAUGUUGAAAAUAAAAUAAUAUUAACACUCUUGGCAACUUGUUUUAUUUUACAUGUAUUCAUAUUUGGUAAAGUAAUAUAUUUACGUUGUUAUACAUCAAAAAAAAGUUUUUUAUCAUUUCAAGAUUUAAAAUUUGUAAUUCAUGCUGUAUUAUGUUUUGCAUCUAUUGCCAUUUUAGAACUUAUAUGGAAUAAUGUGUUGUAUUUUGUCUAUUUUACAGAACUUACCUCUUUAAUUCCACCAGUUCUUGCUAUUAUUGCUGCUGGAUCUAAUGCUAUAUUUACUAUAUGUUUUGUUAGAGAAAUUCGAAAAAAUAUAUUAAUUUGUUUUCCUAAAAGAAAAUUUGUAAGUACUAGUGUUUUUAUUGAAAAAAACAGAGUUACGAAAUAUUAA